GGCAUCAUUCCAGCACAACGGGGGACUCUCUCGCAAGCUUCCCUCCCAAGGAGAGAUCAUAUGGAUGAUGAUGAAUAUGCCAAGCUCUUCCGCAGAAUGAAUCCCCCCAGGUUUUUCCUCCCUGCUCUCUCUACUUGUUCAUUCAUAUCUUUGUCAACAAUAUUUCAGCCUUACUACACCUAUCUAUAUUCGUGUGUCACUGACAGAGUUGUAAUAGACAACAAAGCUAGCGAUGAUGCCACUGUUAUUCAGGUUGAUAGUGUGAACAAACAGGGGACCCUCUUGGAAGUUGUCCAAGUCCUCACUGAUAUGAAUCUUGUCAUCAAGAAAGCUUACAUCUCUUCUGAUGGCGGUUGGUUCAUGGACGUCUUCAAAGUCAUCCACCAAGAUGGCAACAAGAUCACUGACACUCAACUCCUUGACUUUAUCCAAAUGAGGAUAGAGCGCAACGCUGGCUGGUUUAUUCCACCUUUAAGAAGCUCAGUUGGUGUCAUGCCCUCUGACGAAUACACCACCAUUGAGCUCGCUGGAACCGACAGACCCGGUCUCUUGUCCGAAGUAUCUGCUGUUCUCACAGACCUUCACUGCAACGUUGUCAACGCUGAGAUAUGGACUCACAACACCAGAGCUGCUGCAGUUAUUCACGUCACCGACAAUACUACUAAUUCAGCUAUUACGGACCCACUCCGCCUUUCCACCAUCAAACAUCUGCUGUGCAAUGUAGUUGGGACCAACAGCGGCUCCAGGGCUGCAAAAACCGUCUUUUCUUCUUGUUCUGAUACACACAGGGAGAGACGCUUGCAUCAGAUCAUGUUUGAUGACAGGGAUUACGAGGGAGUCAAAAAAAGACCAAGGACAUCAAGGCCCAGUGUCACACUAACAAACAUUGACAAGGAUUAUACCGUUGUUACCAUGAGGUCCAAAGAUAGACCAAAGCUUGUGUUUGACGUUGUCUGUACCUUGACUGAUAUGCAGUAUGUGGUGUUCCAUGGCAUGGUCAGCACAGAACCACUAGAGGCUUAUCAGGCCCCUAAGACUCUUCGCACGGCACUGAAUAUGAUGUUGCAGGAGUUUUACAUCCGUCAUGUAGAUGGACUUCCCAUAAACUCAGAAGCCGAGCAAGAACGUGUUAUCCAAUGUCUUGAAGCAGCCAUUGAGAGAAGAACCUCCGAGGGUUUAGAGCUGGAAUUAUCAGCAGAAGACAGAGUUGGUCUCCUCUCAGACAUAACUAGAACAUUUAGAGAGAACAGCUUAACUAUUGUGAGAGCAGAGAUUUCAACGCGAGAGGGUAAGGCUAAAGACACGUUCUACGUUACAGACGUUACAGGGAACGCUGUUGAAUCAAAAAUCGUGGAGUCAAUAAGAAAAGAGAUAGGAGUAAGCAAGCUGAAGGUGAAGGAAUGCGCUGUUCUUGGUACAAGCAGCAGGGGCUCGCAAGAAACAACAAUUGGGUAUUUGCUUAGCAACAUCUUCAAAUCUAAGCCUCUCCAGUAACAUGUUGUCUCAUAAAGUAUGUGCUCAUUGUAUAUAUACUAUAAUUAGACAGGGUUUAGGGUUAGGUAGGGCAUCAUCUCAUAAGCUAAGCUGGUUGCAAAAAUGUAGCCGUCUUCUGAAACAAAAAGUGGAGAAAUCCCAUUUGUAAAAUUGUGUGGUCAAAUAACAGGAUGAUGGUGAACCUGUUUAUGUAUCACUAUAUUGCGUUAAUAGCAUAUGAGGAAACUGGUGGGAACA